CGCCUCAGCGGCGCAGCCUGAUGCACCCCAGGGCAGCAGCUUCGUACAGCGCGGGGAUCCCGGCCGCCCGCCCGCUCGUGUCACCGGGAGGGCGGGAGCGGGUCAGGGCUGGGGGCCCAGGCAGGACUCGUGAGGUGAAUUCCCGUCUGCAGCUACAGCAGCCCCCCACAUCUGUUUGCCCUGGAGGCCGCUGGCUCAGCCCGUGGCUGGGAAACGCCUCUGGACCGGGUGUGCUGGUUUUCAAAGAGCCCCCGCAAUGCGGGCGGAUGGGAUAAAAGGGGGAAACGGGCGGAGGGGGGAGAAGAGCCCCCCCCCCGCCGCAGCCAACAGUCAUUUCAGGUCACCGCGUUGCUGGAAGAAGCCCAAAGGGCUCAACCCCGUUUUUAAAAAGCAUUUUCUGGUCACCUUAGUACAUCUCCGGGAGGAAACGCCAUGGAAUUAUUUGGCCCAGGGUAGCACAUGUGGACAGGAGGAGCACCACUUGAUCCCGGACCUGCGAUUGGGAACUGCCCUUGACCCGCCAGUCAUCAAGAUAGGGGAAGAUCUGGACCCCAUGACGUCUGAGGUAGGCCAAUACCACAGACAUGAACUUUGUGAAUAUCCUGGGAGCAGUGGACAAGCCAAAUGGGAGGACCAUAAAUUGGUAGUGCUCCUGCCCAACUUUGAAAUGGAGGAAGCGUCUGUGUCCCUCGAAUAUACGGAUGUGGUAGUGCGUGUCCUACAGAUGGAGGGCGACGUACCAGUGCCUGGGAUCCAGGAAGGGGAUGAUAGAGGCCAGAGAGACCAUGCGGAACUUGAGCUUUACCUUGUGCUGGUUCAGGCCUCGCAGGUCCAGGAUGGGCCUGAGCCCCCCUUUGGCCUUCGGGAUAAGGAACUAGCGGGAGUAGUACCCCUUGCAUUUGAACUCCACUGGCACCACUUCCACCGCUGCUAAGCCAAGGAGCCGCCCCACCUCCAGCUUGAGCAGGGCCUCGUGAAAGGGGUUCCCCCAGGAGGGAUGGGGACAGAGGGUGGUUGGGUGAGGUAGAGGUCAACUGGGGUAUAGCCCCAGGAGAUGGUGUUGAGGACCCAUCAGUCCGAGGUCAGCCGCCACCACUCCGGGAGAAAAGCACACAACUGGUUGGAGAAGGGAAGCUUUACUGCUGGUGUGAACUAGUAGGUCACCCCCAGACGUCCCAUCAAAACUGCCAUUUCCCCUCCUGUUUACCCUUGGAGGGUCCAGGCUGCAUGGUAGACCGGGACUGCCUCUGUGGGCAUUUCUAAUAGUCCCAUGACUUUUUAAAAGGGGGCUCAUAUUUAGAGUAGGAGGCCUGGGUGGGAGCCUGCCUA